AAGUAGCUUGGCCCUAAAAACGAGUAGCAACUGACACCAUCGCAGGGGGCAGCUUCGCUUCUCUCCGCCGUACCGACCGCCUCAGACCCACACCGGAGCUCGGAGGUCACCAACCGGCGUCACAUGCCGUUAAAAAGCCAACCCCGCCGCGGUUUUCUUGCGCUACAGCAAUGUUCAUUUUGAGCGUUUCCAAUUUAUCUUGAGGCAACGCUAAAAAAACAAAAAAAAAAAAACGCGACUUUGAAGGAGCAGGCUACUGUUUUUUUUUUUUUUUGGGAAUGCUUCCUCAGUCUGCCAGUAAAGAGCAGAGAGUGACAGUCCUAUCUGUCAAUUCACACCUGAAGACAUGUUGUACGGGACUGUGCCUGACUGGAAAGUACUGCUGCUGACUGCACUGCUGUGGGACUGCCUCUCUGCGUUGGGACUGAAACCCACGAGAUGGCCUCUGUACUCCCAAAAGCCUCUGCUCCUCGCUUGGAAUGCCCCGACUGAGGACUGUGCCCCGCGGCAUGGUAUUCACUUUCAGCUGGACCUUUUCCAGAUCGUGGCCUCCCCCAAUGAGGGCUUUGUUAGGCAGAACCUCACCAUCUUCUACAAGGACCGCUUAGGCUUGUACCCCUACUAUGAGCAAGAUGAAACGCCGAUGAACAGGGGGCUGCCACAGGCUGCCAGUCUCACACAGCACCUGGACAAGAUGCAGGAGGGAGUGCAGAAGUACAUAAAGGAACCAGGCGCCAAGGGUCUGGCAGUUAUUGACUGGGAGGAGUGGCGCCCACUCUGGAUACGCAACUGGGACACCAAAGAUGUUUAUCGCAAACACUCCCGUGAGUUGGUGCGACAAAAGAACCCAACGUGGCCGCCAGAUCAGGUGGCAAAAGUGGCCCAGCAGGAGUUUGAGAUGUCAGCCAGGAAGUUCAUGCUGGAGACCCUGAGACACGCCAAGAACCUGAGGCCCAACCAGCUUUGGGGUUUCUACCUGUUCCCCGACUGCUAUAAUCAUGACUACAGGCGCACUCUGGAAAACUACACAGGCCGCUGUCCAGAUGUGGAGGUGGCUCGCAACGAGAAGCUGAGAUGGUUGUGGAUAGAGAGCACGGCCCUCUUUCCUUCCAUCUAUAUGGGCGAAGUGCUGAAGUCCUCACCCUCCGGACGGCAGUUUGUCAGGAACCGAGUGAAGGAGGGGAUGCGUUUAGCAUCAUUAGGUGAUGGAUUGGCACGUCCUGUCUUUGUGUAUACCCGGCCCACCUACGCCUACUCUCUGGACCAGCUGACAGAGUUUGACCUCAUCUCUACAAUCGGGGAGAGCGUGGCUUUGGGUGCAGCUGGGAUCAUCAUGUGGGGAGACACAGCGUAUGCAGGCAGCAAAACCAGCUGCUCCAACCUGAACGAGUAUCUGCGGGGUCCGCUAAGUCAAUACCUCCUCAACGUCUCCACGGCAGCGGAGCUAUGCAGCCAGAGUUUGUGUGCUUCUCACGGCCGCUGCCUGCGCAAAAAUCCUGACAGCGACGUUUACUUGCAUCUGAACCCCCUCAACCACACAAUCGUCAGGCAGGGCGGCAAGCCUACGGUCACCGGCGAGCUCGGCGAAGCGGAGAAGGAGAGAUUUCAGGCAGAGUUUCAGUGCCAGUGCUACAGCGGCUACAAGGGAGACGGCUGCAGUCAGAGUCUGGUUCCAUCUAAAGCCACCGAACCUGCAGCGCUGCAAUGUGUGAUCUUACUGAUUAUCGCUCUGCUCAUCUGUUAACACACCAAAAAUACUGUAGAUAUAGUUGCAUUUUAUAAAUUCAGGAGCAAACUUGGGAAUUUUGAAGUGUCGUUUUUCUUCUAAUUGCUGUAAACCGAUGACACAAGGUGAAAUUUAAUAAGAAACACUGUGGAAAUUGCAAAGUUGUAUUUGUUUAUAACUUGUAAUCUUUUUUAAAACAAUGGAGGGCUCGCUGGAAAUGACCUUGUUUACAUUUUGCUCUCAGUUUCCUCUUGGCCACUGUUUCCCAAAGUGUCAAAUUCCAUGUUUCUCAUAGAGAGAAUGUUUUUUUUGUUGUUGUUUCGGAGGGCAAUGUGAUGAAUGAGUUGAUGUUUAUGUCAGUAGCUGUGUGGUGAAAGACAGUGGAAUUGAUGCACUUAAGUCUGGAAAUAGCACAAUAUACUUAAAGUGCCUGAUCUUUUUUUCAACCUCUCUCUGACAUCUGAUGUUUUUAUGGAGGCACUUACAGUGUUGCUAUUUAUUUGAAUGUAUUUUCAGGUGUUUUAUAUGAUAUUUUCUUAUUUUUAUGUCCAAAUCAUGACUACUAGUUUCUCCUAAACAUUACGUUACUCAAUUUCUGCUUUUAAAAAAAAGACUGUAUUCUAUAUUUCAGCAGCUGUUUUACAUCAGAAGCACAAGAUUAAAAGCAAUUUUCAGACACCCUCUUUUUGCCGUCCUCUAAUCAGACUUUUGACUAAUUAAAUAAACUUAUUUUCA